AUGUACCAGUUCGACCUUUUAGCUCUUUUUGCCUUUUCGACUAUAUCAUAUACAUACAUACCCGCUGGCGGCUUAAUUAUCGCCAUUCCUCUCUCUUUCCCUUUCUCUCUAGGAUUGAAGGGUUCUUUAUAUCAUUCUUGCUUGAUCUCUCCCACCUGCUCUUGCAUAGAUCCCUUCCCAGCGUCGAGGGUCAAGGCCAGCCCGCUUCUCAAUCUCAGUCCAACAACGGCUACCAUCCAACCCAUCCGCUACCGCGCAACAAUUGCUUUCGACAUAGUACUCUCCACCUUGCCUGUCUGCCUUGUCCCAAGGUCUAGUACUUUUGAAACAAAACAGAGACAAGAAACAAACAACAAGCGCGCAAGGGAGGGUAAGAACAGGUACAUCUGCUCUCAUCCACAAAGGGGCUAUUUUCGGUAUCAUCUGUUCAGACUUCACUCUUCUUGCUUUGCCUCUUGUCCAUCAUUAGAUUGCAAGAUAGCAGGAAGUGGGAAGGCUGCUAGAAACAGGGGGGGUCAUUAUCUUCUACAGGAUGUAUUCUUCACAGAGGUCUCCUUACUAUCAAUGUUCUUCACAAAAACCCAUGUUUCGUUAAUACUUGUCAGUCUGCAUCUGGAGAGAUUUAGGGCGGAUGUAAAUGCUAACUGGUUGGAAAUUAUAUGUUUUAGAUCUGAGGGAAAAAACGGUCAGAUCAAGCUGGCCAACCUGCAUGUCUCUGAUUCGCAGCCGGCCUUUUUUCCCUUCUCUCUCUCUUACAGAGAUUAG